AUGGACAUAGGAUAAUUUGAUGAUUUAAUUCAAUAUGCUUCUUAAUUCGCUGAUUUAGUUUUGAAUGUUGGUAACUGAUUCUCUUUUGAUAAAUAAAUAGGAUUUGUAUUGGGUCCUCUAAUUGGAUACGUGGCUCAAUAUUCAUUGAUAAAAUAAUAAAAAAGUGUAGGUUCAUUCUCAAUAGAUGUGUGUGCAAUAUUAUUAUUUGCCAAUUUGUUAAGAAUAGUAUUCUGGUACAAUAAACGUUUUGAAAAUGCAUUAUUGUAUCAAUCUAUUCUGAUGAUAAUGAUGUAAGUAAUGAAUCAUAUUAUAAUCUUAAGGUAGAAUUAUUAAGAUUAUGUUUAACAAUUAUAAGCAAUUCAGUAUAUAAGAUUAAACCAGUCUCAUUCUUUAAUAAUCCAUUGAAUAAGUUUUGGAGAUGGAGCUAAUUAAACUCAUAUAUAGCAUGUUUAAUCACAUUUUUUAUAAUUAUCUUAAUUUCUAGUUAUUUGAAUCUUGCUAAUCCUUAAUAUUGGGAAAUUAUUGGAUUCUUAAGUUGUGCAAUAGAGGUAGAUAUAUUUUUAAUAUUAAAUAGGCCACUUUGGGAUUACCUUAAGCAAUUAAAAAUCAUACAACAAAGAGUGUAAAGGGAUUAUCGUAUGCUAUGAUAGGAUCAUGGUUUUUAGGUGAUGCAUUUAAGACAUUCUACUUUAUUGUAAAAAAUUAACCAGCUUAAUUUGUGAUGUGUGGAGUAAUCCAAUUAAGUGUGGAUAUUUGGAUAAUGUUAUAAAUAGCAGUGUUUAGUUCUAAGAAAGGAGAUCUAGCAGAAAUUUGAUU